AUGGAUCCAUCAACCCCUUCUCGAGGCCAGGCCAAUGGCCACUAUGUUGAGCCCUAUCCCGACGAGCUCCCACCAUCAUACUAUGGCGAUGAAGGCAGCAACAUCUCAUCGCCGCUUGGAAACGAUAUCCCAGGAGCUUCAUCGUCUACCAUGAGACUACUGCCCACUGGUUAUGACAAUGAAGAUAUCGACGGCGGCAGCGACUUGGGAACCAAUGCUGCGCGCUUUCGAAUGGGACAGACAUCCUCCACCCGCAGAACGUAUGUUGAAGACCCUGGUGAUAAGCAACCUAGAAAAUCGAUUUCAUUUUCUUUCUUGGAUACCCAUCAUAAGGAACCCACUUUCCCCAAACCUGUUGCUCGUCCUGUUUCGCAGAACCCGUGCAAGCACAAGGUCGAGGUUGCUGCACCAGACACAGCAAUCUCCCCAUCCAAGAAACAAACCAAAGAAGUUUCUAUUCGAAAAGUGGCACAUACACAUAAAUCGAUUAGAGAUAUUGUCCCUCCGCCGUUAUUUGCCAAAAUACCCAAACCUUCACGUCUUCCCGACAACACAAACCCAAAAGCUGAAACAUUGGAUCUCAGUAUGAUUGAUCAAAGAGCUAACAUGGACCCAAUUAGUGCGAACCCAUCGCCUACCAGAUCAACCCCAAAUCGUUAUUCAGCGUUCCGUCCACGCCAGAACUCGACUGCGUCUAGUAUCGGACAUGCUCCGUCGAUUCCGCCUCCCGCCGCCUCGGUUGUAGAUUCACCACAGUAUUCUUCUAGACCGGGCUCGCCGACGCGCCCUUGGACUCCAUCCCGAGCAUCGACCAGGCGAGGAGCCAACUCAUCUAUAUCGGGAGUGAGCUAUGAGCCGCCCGAUCUCAAUGGAAGCCCAAGACCGGGGACGCCGAGUUCGGCAUACGGAAGUAGUCCACGCAGACCUCUUCCUCCAGCUCCAUUGUUUUCGGGUCCUGCAGCAACUUCUGGAGAGACAAGUAUAGACAUUGGAGAUGCGCGUUCUGCAGAGGAUCCUUUUGGCGGAGACGGACAAACAAUCGAUCCUCGACAAUCUUACGAUUCUUUCAGGAGUGAAUCAACAAUGAUCGCUGACGAGAAAGAGGAUCUGGUAAAAGUCGAUAUGGAUGAAGUUCCCCAUGAAUCAGAGGAGUCUGAAACGCUAGUCGACACGAAUAUACACUAUGGGCCUGCACCUGAGGGUAAGCAAAGCCGUCGUGGAGUACGGCCGGCGCAGAUGUCGAAGAAAGAAGUCCAGCUUAUCAACGGUGAGCUUGUUUUGGAGUGUAAGAUUCCUACGAUUCUUCAUAGUUUCCUGCCGCGACGUGAUGAGCGCGAGUUCACCCACAUGCGUUAUACUGCUGUUACUUGCGAUCCAGACGAGUUCAAGGAGCGGGGUUACAAAUUGCGCCAGAAUAUCGGAAGCACUAUGAGAGAGACGGAACUCUUUAUCUGUGUGACUAUGUACAACGAAAACGAAGUGCUGUUUACGCGAACUAUGCACGGUAUCAUGCGUAAUAUCAGUCACUUCUGCUCACGAGCCAAGUCACGUACCUGGGGUAAAGACGGUUGGCAGAAGAUUGUGGUAUGCAUUAUCUCCGACGGUCGUGCCAAGGUCCACAAAAGAACGCUCGAUGCCCUGGCAGCCAUGGGCGUGUAUCAAGGAGGCAUUGCAAAGAACGUGGUGAACCAGAAGGAAGUCACAGCGCAUGUGUACGAAUACACAACUCAAGUAUCGUUGGAUUCUGACUUGAAGUUCAAAGGUGCUGAGAAGGGCAUCGUACCUUGCCAGGUGAUCUUCUGUUUGAAAGAAAAGAACCAAAAGAAACUCAACUCGCACCGAUGGUUCUUCAAUGCAUUCGGUCGCAUGUUAGAACCAAACGUCUGCAUCUUGCUGGAUGUGGGUACACAACCAGCUCCUACUGCGCUGUAUCAUCUUUGGAAAGCGUUCGAUCAAGACUCAAAUGUUGCAGGAGCUGCAGGUGAGAUUAUUGCCGGAAAGGGGAAGAAUUACCUGGGUCUGCUUAAUCCACUUGUUGCAUCUCAAAAUUUUGAGUACAAGAUGUCAAACAUUCUGGAUAAACCGUUGGAGUCUGUUUUCGGAUAUAUUACUGUGCUUCCUGGUGCAUUGAGUGCCUAUCGAUACUACGCUCUACAAAAUAAUGAGGAUGGACAUGGACCUCUCAGUCAAUACUUCAAGGGCGAGACAUUACAAGGCAAAGAUGCCGACGUCUUUACUGCGAAUAUGUACUUGGCCGAAGAUCGUAUCCUCUGCUGGGAGCUAGUGGCAAAGAAAGGGGAAAGAUGGGUGUUGAAGUUUGUGAAGAGUGCUGUUGGUGAAACCGAUGUUCCUGACUCACUUCCAGAGUUUAUCUCUCAACGUCGUCGUUGGCUUAAUGGUGCUUUCUUUGCGGCUGUGUUUUCCUUGGCCAAUAUGCGACAGAUUUGGGAGACAGACCACACAUUGACGAGGAAAAUCCUUCUACACAUUGAAUUCGUUUAUCAAUUCUUCCAAUUACUAUUUACAUAUUUCGGCUUGGCCAAUUUCUAUCUGGCGUUCUUCUUCAUUGCAGGAUCACUGGCCAACCCGAGAAUAGAUCCAUUCGGACAUAAUAUGGGAAAGUACAUAUUUGAUGUCCUUCGUUAUGCUUGUGUAUUACUCAUGGCGUUGCAAUUCAUUCUCUCGAUGGGCAAUCGGCCGCAGGGUGCACGAAAAAUGUUCCUCUUCGGUAUGAUUGUUUACAGUAUCAUCAUGCUUUACACGUCAUUCGCAACAAUCUACCUGAUUGUCGCAAAACUCAAGGGCGAUGGGCUAUCUCUCGGUGGCAACGAUCUUUCCAACAUUGUCGUCUCACUCAUGUCAACCAUCGGGCUGUACAUUUUUACUUCUCUGAUGUAUCUUGAUCCGUGGCACUUGAUUACCUCCGCAGGCCAAUACUUCCUCUUAUUGCCAAGCUACAUUUGCACGCUCCAGGUGUACGCUUUCUGUAAUACGCACGAUGUGACCUGGGGUACGAAAGGUGACAAUGUCCACAAUAUGGAUCUGGGAGCCGCCAAAGGCCUGGGAGGAUCAAAAGUCGUCAUGGAGAUGCCCACUGAGCAACUUGACAUCGACAGCGGAUACGACGAAGCAUUGCGCAAUUUGCGAGACCGUAUCGAGGAACCCGAACCCCCUGUUUCUGAAAGCCAGCUACAAGAAGAUUAUUACCGCGCGGUACGAACAUACAUGGUAUCAAUCUGGAUGGUUGCCAACGCUCUUCUCGCCAUGAUUGUGUCGGAGGCAUACGGCAUCGAAUCCGGGGCUAAUAACGUCUACCUUGCCAUCAUUCUGUGGGCUGUCGCUGCUCUCGCUGCAUUCCGUGCUAUUGGCUCAACCACAUUCGCCAUUUUGAACCUCAUCCACAAGAUCGAAGAGGCCCGCAUGAAAUUUCAGGCUGGUUCUCUUGGUUCAAAGGUUCGCAAAGGUGGUGCAGGUGGCAGCAGUGUCGCUGGCUCGAGUCGCUACGGCGGUAGUGCCAGUAUCAGAGAUUUGAUUUCAGAAGGUGGAUGGAAUAUUCAACGAAAGGCGAGGAAAUUAAUGUUUUGGCGUAAAUAAUGUCCUAUAUCCUUUUUCUUUGAGUCUUUUCAUGAUUGUUCUUGAUGUUUGUAUAAUUUGAGGAUUGGAUUUGGUCAAGAUUCUUUUGGCGUUUGUUUGUAUUAUGCUCUGUCUCCUUUGUGUUGGAGAAAUGACCUUGUUGACAUGAUUUUGAUGUAUUUGCUUUUCGUUUGAAUGAUACUUUCCUAGAUUCUACGAAUAUGUUUAGCAAUG